GAAGUUGGCCCAGGCCCUGGUGGAGAUCCGGAACCUUCAGGGGCUCUCUGACAGCAGGGUAGACAGGCUCAUUGCACUCUGGCAACGCCUGCCAGAGUGCAACAAGCGCCGAGUCGUCUACCCUGCGAGACACCAGGAGAGGCAGCCCAUGGGGCGGUUCAAGGCAGCGAAGGGGAAGAACACCUCCUGUCCUGGAAAGGAGAGUCUCCAACGCUGCCUGCUCGGACAGAACGCGGGCCCUGCAAACUGGCCCAGCGCCAGUCGCCUGGUCGAGGCCAUUUGCAGCCAGCUCUGCCGUCUCCACCCCGCCACAGCCCGUGUCGGUGGGGUCCCAAAGACCCGGUGGUCCCUGGUCCUCACCGACUACGUGGCCAUCAGAGAGGCAGUGCUGGUGUGCCCGCGUCUGAUGGCUCAGACCACCAUCCAGCUCUUUGAGCUCAACCAGAGGACCCUCUCUCAGUGGUUCUCACGUCGUCAGAAGGCCUGGAAGAGGACUGUGCUGGAGCAGGGAACUGGCAUCGUCCCUGCUCUAGCAGUAGCAGAUGAGCCUCUCCCUGCUGCCAAAGGGCUGUCCCUGGUGCAGGUGGGACAGGGACAGCCAUUCGUGUUCCCUGGACCUGAGGAGCAGCCUGGACCAUCAGCUGGAGGUCAGCCAGCCCCUCCUCCUCCUCCUCCUCCUCCUCCUCCUCCUCAUCAGCAUCCUCCAGCCAUCGGCUCUGCUCCUGCAGCCGCUCCUCUUCCUGGACUGACUCAGCUGCCAAGGACGACGGCUUACAGGAAGAGGAAGGCAGCCGAGGAGGCUGCUGCGGCUGCUGCUGCGGGAGAGGGCCCUCCACCACGGACUAAAGCCCGCCGGCAGACUGCACAGUACACCUGCAGUAAGUGUGGCCAGCUCAAACGGCUGGACACUGGCCACACACGCAUUGCAGGUGUGUCCUACUGUGCAGCUGUCGGCGGGAUGACUGUAGAGGAGUGGAGGGAAAAUAUGAGGAGGCCUCCAGAGGAGAAAACAGACUCAAUUUUUUUUUUCGUUAAAAUUAUUUUUGGUUAAAAACAUGUUCAGAUAUAUGUAUGUAUGUGU